UGCGGGAUGCUCUCGCUGUACGCGGAGCAGAACAGAUCGCAGACAGAUCGCGCGCACGCGAGCCCCAGACUUCGGAACUGAGCGAGUGUCCACGUCCCAGCCUCGCCAUGGCUCCUGGAGAGAAGAUCAAAGCCAAAAUCAAGAAGAAUCUGCCGGUGAGGGGGCCCCAGGCACCUACAAUCAAAGAGCUGAUGCGGUGGUACUGCCUGAACACCAACACCCACGGCUGCCGCCGCAUCGUUGUGUCCCGUGGCCGCCUGCGCCGCCUGCUCUGGAUUCUGUUCACGCUCACCGCCGUGGCCCUGAUCUUCUGGCAGUGUGCACUCCUCGUGGCCUCCUUCUACACCGUCUCUGUCUCCAUCAAAGUCCACUUCCAGAAGCUGGAUUUUCCUGCUGUCACCAUCUGCAACAUCAACCCUUAUAAGUACAGUGUGGUGCGGGACCUUCUAGCUGACUUGGAACAGGAGACCAGAGUGGCUCUGAAGACCCUGUAUGGCUUUCCAGAGAAUACGUCUCGAAAACGCCGAGAGGCAGAGUCCUGGAAUUCGGCUUGGGAGGGCACACGGCCCAAAUUCCUCAAACUGGUCCCACUGAUGGCUUUCAGUCAGGAUGAGACCGGCGAGGUCAGGGACUUCCUCACAGGGCGGAAGCGGAAAUUCAGUGGGCGCAUCAUUCACAAGGCGUCGGAUGCCAUGGAUGUGCACACAUCUAAGGAGGUGGUGGGAUUCCAACUGUGUUCAAAUGACACGUCCCACUGUGCCCUCUACACCUUCAGCUCGGGGGUCAAUGCCAUCCAGGAGUGGUACAAGCUGCACUACAUGAACAUCAUGGCACAGGUCCCUCUGGAGAAGAAAAUCAACAUGAGCUACUCCGCGGAGGAGCUGCUGGUUACCUGCCUCUUCGACGGGGUGUCCUGCGAUGCCAGAAACUUCACGCUUUUCCACCAUCCAAUGUAUGGGAAUUGCUACACGUUCAACAACCGAGAGAAUGAGACUAUCCUCAGCACGUCCAUGGGGGGAAGCGAAUAUGGGCUGCAGGUCAUCUUGUACAUAAACGAAGAGGAGUACAACCCCUUCCUGGUGUCCUCCAGCGGGGCCAAGGUGAUUGUCCAUCGGCAGGAUGAAUACCCCUUCAUCGAGGACGUGGGAACAGAGAUCGAGCCUGCCAUGGCCACCUCCAUAGGGAUGCACCUGACGGAGUCCUUCAAGCUGAGCGAGCCCUACAGCCAGUGCACAGAGGACGGGAGCGACGUGCCGAUCAGUAAUAUCUACAGCGCUGCAUAUUCCCUCCAGAUCUGCCUUCACUCGUGCUUCCAGACAAAGAUGGUGGAGAAAUGUGGGUGUGCCCAGUAUAACCAGCCUCUGCCUCCAGCAGCCAACUACUGCAACUAUCAGCAGCACCCCAACUGGAUGUACUGCUAUUACGAGCUGCACCAGGCCUUUGUCCGGGAGGAGCUGGGCUGCCAGGCAGUGUGCCGGGAAGCCUGCAGCUUUAAGGAGUGGACACUGACCACCAGUCUGGCACAGUGGCCAUCCGUGGUUUCCGAGAAAUGGUUGCUGCCCAUUCUCACAUGGGACCAAGGCCAGCAAAUAAAGAAAAAACUCAACAAGACAGACUUGGCCAAACUCUUGAUAUUCUACAAAGACCUGAACCAGAGAUCCAUCAUGGAGAGCCCUGCCAACAGCAUCGAGAUGCUUCUAUCCAACUUUGGUGGCCAGCUGGGCCUGUGGAUGAGCUGCUCUGUCGUCUGUGUCAUUGAGAUCAUUGAGGUCUUCUUCAUCGACUUCUUCUCUAUCAUCGCCCGCCGCCAGUGGCAGAAGGCCAAGGAGUGGUGGGCCCGGAGGCAUGCUCCCCCUGGCCCUCAGGGCCAGGACAACCCGGGCCUCGAUAUAGACGAUGACCCGCCCACUUUCACCUCUGCGUUGCGCCUGCCUCCAGCCCCAGGGACCCAGGUGCCUGGCACACCACCUCCCAGAUACAAUACCUUGCGUUUGGAGAGGGCUUUCUCCAGCCAGCUCACAGACACCCAGGUACCACCUGAGUCCUGAGGCAGGGAGGUGAAGAGAGAUGUAGCUAGGAACCCCAGCCAUGGUCUGAGAAUUUAGACCUUGUCUCCUGCACAUGGAGGGGACCUUUGGCACCCCCUCUGGGCUUUUAAGAGACAUUGACUAAAGGUCGGCUUUGACCAACAACAUGGGACUUGGGUGUGUGCAGGGGACCCACUGGACCCUGCCCAGCCACCCUCAUAGCCAUCCAGGGUGAGAAAGAUCCAGCCACCCAACCCCCCCCCCACAUCUGCUCCAGAGAGAGAUGGGGGCCGAGGAAAUGGUGUCCGACCGGCCGAAGGCCAGAAGGGAAGCCUGACAGAGCUUUCACCAGAUCUUGAGAGAGAGAAAGACUCCUUCAAAGCCCCAAGCUGGAAGUUUCACCCACUCCUCCAGCCUGGGCUGAGGCCCAAGGGUAUGACGUGAAGGAUCAAGGGCAGACAACCACUGCCUAGUGCCAAAGCCAGGAAGAAGCGCCAGCCCUGGAGCUGGGGCUGUUUGUGAAUAAACUGUUCUUAGUUUUUGACUUUGGGGCAAGGUCUCUCCUCUGUGCCCUCAGGCAGGGAGCUGGCCUGAGGUCCUUGGAGCAUGUAGGGGGAGAGAGUGCAAUAAAGGGAGGUCUGGGGGUGUGACAGGAGGUCCUCAAGGCAGGGGUGGGGCCAUGUUCUGGGCAGCUAAGCCAGUGCCCUGGGCCCCUUACCCAAGCACAGAAAGGCCCGUGAAAGGGCCUUGCUGAACACCCCUGUCCAGUGGUGGCCCAAGGCACAAAGGAUCAUCUGAUAACUCACCUCAGCCUCUCUUCCUCCCAGGAGCACCCCUACUUCCCCCCCAGCAAGCCAACCACCGCAGACAACCGUUUUUGGACUCACACUUUGCAACAUGAUAAUACCUAACAUGUGGGAAGCGCACAGGAGGUGUUCAAUGUUAGCUCAGCAAUGGUGUGCUGGGUGCUGUUCUAAGCACUUACAGAGAUAAGCAUUGGGGACAGUAAACUGCAACCCAUAGGCCAGAUCCUGUUUUUGCUCAUGACCUAGGAAUAUUUUUUUAUUUCACUUUUCUCAAUGAUUAAAAAGAUCAGAAGAUAACUCUUUUGUGACUCAUGGAAAUUAUAUAAGAUUGCAUCUUCAGUGUCCACAAAUAAAGUUUUAUUGGCACACAGCCAUGACCAUUCAUUUACGUAUUAUCUGCACCUGUAUUUGUGCUACAACAGCCGCCAUCCAAGUAACUGCAACAGAGACCCUAAGUUC